AAUUCAGAUCCUCUGGUUGGGGGUAUAAGUGCAUUCUUGUUAUUUCUUAUUCCAGCAAGGGCAAUUUGGUCAGCAUUCAUUUUCGCACUCUCAUCUCAGAUCUCGUUAAGAACUCCACAGGCCAUUGCGUCUGAUCACCUCAUCAUUCCCAUUCCUCUACACUCUCCACCGGACCGUCCAUCACACAAACCAUGGCCGACGACCUCCAAUCCUACGCCAUCCUCUUCCUCAUCUGGCUCAUUUCCACUGUCCUGAUAAGGACCAUCCUCUCCAAUUUCCGAACCACGGUCCGCUGCCUCCCACCGGGCCCGAUAGCACUCCCGAUCAUCGGACACCUCCACCUCCUCGGUCCCAUCCCUCACCAAGCCUUCCAUAAGCUCUCCAAGCGCUACGGCUCUUUGAUUCACCUCCGCCUUGGCUCUGUCUCUGCUGUCGUUGCCUCCAGUGCCGAUAUCGCAAGAGAAAUCCUCAAGACUCACGAGACCGCCUUUGCAUCCCGACCUGAAUCCUCAGCCGUCCGUUACCUCGACUACGGCGGCUACGGUUUCGUCUUUGCUCCCUACGGCCCCUACUGGAAGUUCAUGAAGAAGCUUUGCAUGUCCGAGCUCUUAGGUGGGCGCAUGCUCGAUCAGCUCCAGCCCAUCCGCCGUGAAGAGAUCCGGCGAUUAUUGCGACUGCUACAUAAGAAAUCCAACGGAAGAGAAGCAGUCAACGUUGGCCGAGAGCUCAUAACGAUGGUGAACAACAUAGUAUCGAGGAUGGCGAUGAGCCGGAUAUGUUCGGAUACGGAAGGGGAAGCGGAGGAAGUGAGGAAGAUGGUGCAUGAGAUGGCGGUGCUGGCCGGCACGUUCAACGUAUCCGAUUAUAUCGGAUUAUGUCGAAAUUUGGAUUUGCAAGGCUUGAAGAAGAGGUUCGAGGAUGUUCACCGGAGAUUCGAUACGAUGAUGGAGAGGAUCAUCAAAGAGCAUGUAGAAGGGAGGAAGACGAAGAUGGAGAGAGGCGAUGGUGCGAAGGAUAUUCUCGAUAUUUUGCUCGAGAUAUCGGAAGAUGAGAGCGCCGAGAUGAAACUGACGAGGGAGAACAUUAAAGCCUUUAUCCUGGACAACUUUGUGGCGGGAACCGAUACGACUGCAGUCACAACGGAAUGGGCCUUGGCGGAGCUCAUCAACCAUCCUGACGUGUUCAAGAAAGCAAGGGCAGAGAUCGAUUCAGUUGGAAAGAAUAGAUUGAUUGGAGAAUCCGACAUCCCAAAUCUUCCUUUCCUCCAGGCAAUUGUCAAAGAAACACUCCGACUGCAUCCACCAGGCCCAGUGAUUUAUAGAAAAUCCACCAAAGAUUGCAAGAUCGGAGGCUACGAUGUACCAGCUAACACCCAAGUGUUCAUCAAUGUCUGGACUAUCGGAAGGGAUCCCCAGCAUUGGGUCGACCCACUUGAAUUCCGUCCUGAGAGAUUCAUGCCGUCCGAUGAGAGCGACCGGAGUCAUCACGUGGACGUUAGGGGUCAGCAUUUCCAUUUCUUGCCGUUCGGGAGCGGACAGAGAGGCUGCCCAGGCACUUCUCUAGCAUUGCAGGUCGUACAAACGACACUCGCUUCUAUGAUCCAAUGCUUCGAUUGGACGGUUGGGAUCGGUGGAGAGAGUGCAACUGUUGAUAUGACGGAGGGCCCGGGAUUGACACUCCCUAGGGCACAUCCCUUGGUGUGUGUCCCCGUUGCCCGUUCAAAUCCCGUACCUCUCAACUGACAUAUGAAAUACUCAAGUUUGUGAUUCCCACGUGUGUGGAACCACCACACAUGCCAGCAUGGGACACAUGUAUGAGGUCCAUGCUUCUCAUAAAGUAGACCACAUUCUCUAGAUAUUCCGGUCUGAAAAUCAGAAGAUCUACUACACAUCGUGUCCCACCUAAUUGAGAAGGUAGAAUGUUGCCAGCGUGCCACCUUAGCAUGUGCUUGUGUUCUUAGCAAGUAGAAGCCUUGUACCUAAUGUUCGCACGUGCGUGUUGCACGUGUCUUUGGUAUACGUGCAUUUUCUGUUCAAUCAGCUUUUAAAGAGUUCUUAUAAUUAGAGUUCGUGAUGGGAUGGAUUAUUGCGAAUCAAAUAAAUGUUUUGCUACAUGCAAUUACAA